AGCGUUUUUGGGUACAUAUGAAGAAAGCCUCUGAAAGCGCAGCAUGCAAUUAAAACCAACCGAUUUAUAAGCCCAAGGAAGUUCCGGUGACUGAGUUGCUGGGUUUGCUUUGGGCCCCGUACUGGAAUUAGGGACAGAGGCACAUGGGCAGCUGCCUGCGCUCUUCCUCGAGACGCCCAUGUUGGCUUGUCGUCUCGCACCCACCCGCUGGGACGGCCCCGUAGAGACGCGCAGUCGCCAUCGGAUCAGCGCGACGGGCUGGGUGAUCUCACAGCUUCUUCGAGGAUGUGGCAAUUUUAGGUCGAUUUUUAUUUUAAAUCAAACCAGUGAAGAUGACACCAAAACAUGAAAAACAAGAAUUCGUAACUGUCUUGGUGCGAGACCCCAGGACACAGAAAGAAGACUCGUGGCAUUCUUACAUAGACUAUGAGAUAUUUAUUCAUACGAACAGUAUGUGCUUUACAAGGAAAACAUCCUGUGUUAGACGACGCUUUCGAGAGUUUGUUUGGCUUCGGCAGAGGCUUCAGAGCAAUGCAGUGCUUAUACAGUUACCUGAACUGCCAUCUAAAACUCCCUUUUUCAAUAUGAACAACCCCCAUCACGUGGACCAUCGCCGCCAGGGUCUGCAAGAAUUCCUGGAAAAGAUCCUACAAGAUGCUUUAUUGCUUUCAGACAGUAGGCUUCACCUCUUCUUACAGACUCAGCUAAGCCCAGAAGAUAUGGAGGCUUGUGUAUCUGGACAGACCAAGUACUCUGUUGCUGACGCGAUUCAUAAGUUCGCCUCUUUGAACAGACGUUUUCCUAUAGAAGACGAAGAGACAAAAAAAGGAAAAACCGAUGUGGACUCCGAUUCAGAGAGUUCAUCCUCCAGGCUCGGACCUAGUGAUGACAGCGUUUCAUGUGGAUGUAAAGCAAGCCCAGCUUCUGAAGAAUCAUGAGAAAUCAUUCCUGCAUUGCUAUCUUAAGGACAGUACAAAGCAGUUUCUGCUCUAUUUACUGGUUACGUGUACCACGUAAACACGGCUGGCUGGUAACGCGUACCUAAAAGAUGCGUCGUCAAUACAACCGUAUGUCCUUACAAAAUUUUCAAAACAGACCUUGAUACUAUUUCUUUGUUGAUUUAUUAGGUAUGUUGAUUCAGGUCUACGCGCUACCUAUUACACUUAGGUUUUUGUGACUAUUAAAAUCUCAGUAUUGGAUAAGUCAUGCUCUGCUGACAUACAAGCAGUUAAAAUAUUUCUGUUAGUGACUGCAUGUCUCCAAUCUGAAAAAUAAAGAUAACUUAAUUCCUCAGCUUAGAAGUUGGUAUAUCAUAUCAAAUAUAUUCAAAGCAUCUUUUUGUAAUUUGCAUCAGAGAAGUUUCAUCUUUAGAAGUCAUUUGACAUUGGUGAUGAAAUUACAUACCCCGCAAGGUAUUCACUUUUUAAAGUAGCUCAGCAACAUCAGCAAAACAACAUUUGUACAAACUAUAUGCUGCUGACAAUUCGAGAUAUAUUUAUAUCUUCCUCUGGUCUUGCUGUAAUGUUUAUGGAAAGCCUGGUUUUAUCAUGCAUAAGAACUGAAGGCCAAAAUUCUUGAGCAUGGUUGCUUAGAACUUAGAAAUAUUAAUAAAAAUGACAUCAUUUCUGGGCUUGCUGGAGAUUCUCUGUUCCCAGGGAAUUACAGAUACUCGUUCCCAGUGAAAAUCCUGGAUGAGGUCCAUGGAAACCAAUGGCUGAAUUUUGCAUCAGCCUCGCUAGGGCCAGGAUUUCACCCAGCACGUUUAACUUUAGGCACUUAAAUUUGAACACACCGGGAGGGGGGAUAUUUUAGUUUAGCAAUUUAAAUGGAGAGUAUCUCCCUCUCUGAGAUGAUGAUAAUCACGUAGCUAUAGCAUGCUGUACAGACGUGGACCUCUCCACUCUUUGGGAGUAACAGGAGGUGCUGAUUCAUUGCGGCUGUAGUUAACACGCUGGAAUAUUGACUCUUUCACAAACAAAAGGCAGGCUUGAACACAAUUUUGUAGCCACCAACACUUAUUCUGAUUAAAAGUCAGUUUUGCUUUUUAUUGUUAGCAGCAGCUGCAUAGUGUCUUGUCCCAGAUUCUGUCAAAGGAAUACGUUUCACUGCGGUGUUGUAUUUAUAUUUGACAUUUAACUGCUAUUAAAAAGAGCUAGGGGGUCUGAUCACCCUAGCAAAGUUCCUAUUAACUUCAGUGAUGUAGUUACCAGCCUAGAAAUGGAAUCCAUUUUUUUUUUUUUUUAAGAAUUCUGUGGAUACUUUCAAAGAAGGAGCAUUUUAAACCUGUGAAUUACAGAAACAAUAGAUUAUUAAAUGGCCAGAUAAUAAAAGUUAGCAUUGGCGUGUGUGGGCGUGCUUUUUUUUUUUUAAAGCAUCCAGCUGGGAAUCUGUGUAAUUUUAGAAACAUGUUUUAAUAGCCCGAGGAUAACAUCUCUUAGGUAACUACUUUAAGCCACUGUGUUUUGUUGAUGGUAGCACUUUUAUAAGAUAAACAUCCGUAUUUCUUUUUGCUCGGUCUUAUUGAAUUGCAUGAAUGUAUCUAUUCACCUUCUCAGCUUGUGUGUGAGUUAGCAGCAAAGCUAUUUUAAUGUAAAAGUGAUAACAUUUAAUUAAAGCAACAAGUUAUCACUAAAAGUAGCUUUUAAAAAAUAGCUGUUAUUGCCAGGCAGAGAUGUUUGAUUACUUGACUUUUUUUUUUUAGAUGGCACAUUAGAAGAAAAAUUUGUUUAGCAAAUUUAUUUAAAACAUGGGGAAAAUAGACAUUGUUCCAGUUUUUGUUUUUAUGAGAAAUAUAUUAAUGUUUUUAUUUAACAUAAUAUUACGGUAGUGGGGUUUUUAUUUUGUUUUAAAAGAUUGAGCUAAACUGUUGAAGCACUUUACAAUUCUGGCCUACUAACACAUCCUCAAUAUCUGACAAAAAAUACAGUAAUACAAGGUUUGGAGAGCCUUUGUGGCUAUUUUUAAUUCUGUAUGCCAGUGAGUGUUUUCCAAAUGAAGAUGUUUCUGAAAUAAAUACUUGUUUUCUAAUAGUUCUGUUGUUGUUGUUAUUUUCUUCGUCACCUUGUUCAAAAAUGCUAAGACUACUAUAACAGAACUUUCUUCCCAGCUUUGACAGAAAUUUGUUUAAAUAUUUAUCUUUUGAAUGUUGUUUGUAUAGCUAGUAUUACUGGAAUUUUUCUUAAAGGGAAAGAAAAGUAUUCUGUGCUCUAGUAUGUCUUUUUGUAUCAGCUGUAUGUAACUCCAUAUAAAUGCUUUAAGACACUUUGUUUAAUUUGGAACAUUUCAAUGUAACUGUUACAAAUGUAAAUGUACGAAAAUUUAUUUUUAAUGCCUUUUGUGACUUCAAAGAUUUGGUGUGGUGGUGGUUUUUUUUUUUUUUUUCAAUGCUGUAAUAUAUUUUGCUUCAGUUGAUCACUGGUAUUCUGAUUCUCUUUCUUUAGUUUUGAAUAAUACUGAUAUUUCCUGCUUUUUUUUAAACAGGCUAAGAUCUAGCUUAUAAUAUCAUCUAAUUACCAUUUUAAAUUUCUGUUUAAUUGCAAUAAAUCUGUGCUCAAAAACUUCACUCUGUCUUUUGCUUAGAACUUUAUAUUCUCAUUUUUAUGAUGAUUUAUUAAAAGCUUUAAAGUAAUUAAAACAAUUACCACUUUCUAUUUUCUGUUUAAACCUGCCAGUAAGGUUUUCUUUAUUUUAAUAUUGAUAUCGUAAUCACUUUAUGACUUACCAUGUGUAAUUACUCUUCAACUAUUUUUGUAACAUGCGUGUAUAUAUACACAUGCGGACUGUUGUGUUUGGGUUUGCUGUCGUUAUUGGUUUUCUAGAAAAUGUAAAGAAGUGAAAAUAACUCCAGUCACAUAUGUUAUCAAAUUCUAUAACCUGUAACGUAAGAAUAUUGUAAGCUACUCUUAAGCAGCCUGUUACUUCCAGUGUCAUUGAAAUACAGCUUCAAGAAAGAUGAGAAAAA